AUGAGCGAGACUCGUUCAUCUAGAGCUGAAACUAGAAGGACUUCUUUCACUGUAGGGAACCCGAAAUCACGCUCACACUCGCGGUCUAGUAGCAAAGGUAGGAGACCUUCUCUAUCCAGUCUAAGAUCUUCUCAUCGGCUGAUACGUACAAUUAGCAUUGAUUCUGACUUAUCGAAGGGCGAGGAUGAUUCAAGGUCCGAAACGUAUUCUGCAGGAACAGAGUCGACGGAGACAACCGCAGCAGAGUACGACUCUGUGGCUUCUGAAGUGCAAGAGCUGAGAUUGGAUAGCAGGGGCAGUGCGAGUACUAGAAAUGCUGGACCCAAAGUUUCCAACGAGAUCGUCGAGGUUCCUUUUGUGAAUGUGACUUUGGACAACAGCUUGCCUCAGGACUAUCUAAAGGACGACAUCCUGAAUACGAUACAAAGUCUCAAGAUACCCAAAUGGUAUGUUCGCGGUGCCAUGGAUGUAUCGCCACUUGACAGGAGGCGUCUGAAAUUGACCAAAAUAACUGGUGCCAUGACGAAUGCAAUUUACAAGCUGGGCUAUCCAAACUUGCCAUCACUCUUGCUAAGGGUUUAUGGCCGUAAUAACAGCUUGAUUAUUGACAGAGAGUACGAAUUGGAAGUCUUGGCGAGAUUGUCGUUGCGCCAUAUAGGACCCUCACUGUUUGGAUGUUUCGAAAACGGCAGAUUCGAGCAGUACCUGGAGAACGCUCAGACUCUGGGCAAGAAUGACAUACGAGACUGGAAAACAUCCCAGAGAAUAGCUCGUAGAAUGAAAGAACUGCACAAGGGUGUUCCACUCACAAGACAGGAGAGAGACGAGGGCCCGGCAUGUUGGGCAAAGAUAAACCACUGGAUCAGGGUUAUAGAGAUGGCUGGCCGCGAUUGGGUGCAAGAUGACGAGAAUAUCAAACAUACCUUACUCUGCAACAGCUGGUCUGAUUUCAAGGCCGUGGUUCAGCGAUAUCGUGACUGGUUGUAUUCUGACGGUUCCGCUAGCGUGAAGAGUUCGCUAGUUUUCUGCCACAAUGACGCCCAAUAUGGUAAUCUUUUAUUUACCUCUCCAGUCAUCAAUGCAGAAAAUCCAGUACAUUCUACGGUUAAAGCUUCCUCGUCAAGCUCAUUGUUUCCGUUGGAUUCUAACGUGUCGAUAGAACAAAUUAUCAAUCCACCCAUUCAAGAGCAGAGUCAAGAUUCCAAAUUGGUUGUGAUUGAUUUCGAGUACGCAGGAGCGAACCCUGCAGCCUUCGAUCUUGCAAAUCAUUUGAGCGAAUGGAUGCAUGAUUACAACUGCUCCGAACCCUAUAGAUGCGACCCACUGGAUUUCCCCACCAAGGAACAAAUGCUAAAUUUCGUUUACUCUUAUGUCUCUCACUUGAGAGGCAACUCUACUAAACCAAUUGAUGAUGAAGUCAAAUGCUACUAUAACGCCAUUUUGAAAUGGAGAGGUAGUGUUCAAAUAUUCUGGUCUCUGUGGGCCAUCUUGCAGAGCGGACAUUUACAUGAAGAGAAGCUGGAGCGGACAGAGUCUUUUGGCCCAAGUGGGAACAAAUACAUCAUAAAUACUGCUUCCCCGGAGGAAGAAGAUGUUAUAGACAAACAAUUUGCAGAUAUGGAUGGGGUCGACAUCGACUCAUUCGAUUAUAUCUCUUACUGCAGAGAAAAAAUUGCAGUAUUUUGGGGUGAUGCGCUACAAUUUGGCGUUGCCCAAGAGGAGGAUUGUGCCGCACCUGAAGCCAAGUUCUUGAAUAUAGAAAAGUUAUAG